CGCUAAUAAUGCUUGGAACAAAUGUAGAACAUUCUAGACCGUACUGCCACUCUGUGUCCCUAAUGGUCAACGGUAGUGUAGUGGUACCUGAGAAUCAAGAACUGACCAAGCGAAACAGUGAAGGAUGUCCUACACCACUUAAGACAGUUAGUCAAGUGAAUCGUGCUCACGUGCACGUCCUAAAGGUCGAGACUAGCUCCUGCCCCGUUACACACGUCAUGCGACUGGACGUCACUGACAAGGCGUCUGGUGGAACGUGCGAGACACACGAGAAAACCCAUGUUAAUGUCCAGCUGGUCAGCAUCGAUAGGCAUUACCAUAAUAACAGUGCGACUAGCAGUGCCAUGGGGAGCGAUAACGACUCUGACCGUGGUUCACUGGCCGAUGAUAGCGAUAGUCAUGGAUACGACUCGGGAUUCGGUAACCAAAGACAGUGGCAUAUCGCAAGAAAGUGUACAGAUGACGAUAAGGACGUUUUGCAUUUUCACUUGCACGAGCUGGAUACCGGACCUAACCAGCUCGGUAAGAAUCUCCAUGACCAGGAUGACAAGGACUCCGCCAUCAUGUCAGUGUCGGGCACAGUUCGUGGCGUAAGGAAUCGAGUACGAACCCAAGUUUCUUGUCUUUUUCAGCCUCACGAAAAGAGAAACUAUGUCCAGGAGGAGGAAGGACGGGUGGUUCUUUACACGACAACUAUGGGGAUCAUCAGAAGAACGUUCGAAAAGUGUCGGCACGUCCGUAACAUUCUGCAAACUCUGCUCGUGAAGUUUGAGGAACGAGAUGUGUUCAUGAACCGCACGCAUCAGAGGGAACUAUUAGAGCGAUUAGAAACCGGGGUUGUGCAAGUUCCACAAAUUUUUGUAGAAGGAAAUUGGUUUGCGAAUGCUGAGAUUCUGGAAAGCUUAAAUGAGUCGGGAGAACUACGUCAGGUGCUUCGCCCCUACAAGCGCUCGUCUUUCGGGGGAGUAUGCCAACAAUGUGGUGGAUUUCGCUACCUCCCAUGUUCCCUCUGUGGGGGGAGCAAGAAGUCAGCCAAUCACAGGCACCACUUCAACAUUGGUUAUGUAGCUCUUCGAUGCAUGAACUGUGAUGAAAGUGGACUCAUCCGAUGUGACAAGUGUCUCCAUGGUGAUGGAUGAAGCUCAUCUUUGGAUGUUGAAUGAAAUCAACACUGAAAGGAAGAAAAUCUGAUGCAAGCCUUCAGACAAACCUAACAAAUUUUAGCUCACUCUAGAUGACUGAUGUUGUAACCACAUGUACUCAUGUGAAUUUGCCAUUUUUACUCUUGAAGAUCGAAGUUGAAUGAUUUAAUUUUUAGGAAAUGUGCACAUAAUGUACAGAAAUGUUGUCUCUUCAGAACAUCCUGUCUUUUAUGUGGAUGAUGCAAGAACAUUACAGAAGAAAUUCAUUUAAAAAAAUGUUGAAUGACUGGCUAAACCAUGACAGAAACUUUAUUAUAAACAUAUCUUUAACAUAAACACUGAUGUGUUGUGGAAAAUAACAGUAAAAAAAAAUUUGCCUAAAUUUACAACUUACUGUAUCAAUAUAAUAUAGAAUAAUGUAAUAUUUUACAAGUGACCUGGUGUAAAAAAAACAACAACAUUAAUGAUAGCAAGUUUGGUUCUGUUGCUAUACCAUGACUUUAAAAACUUCCAAUUAGAGUUGUUCUGCCUGAACAGUUAUCUUAACAUUUUCAAAAGCUGUAUUCUUCCUAGGAAAGGAAGCAUGGUUAGAUUAAGCAGAGGAUGUCUUCCUCUAUGUGGAGACAAUGUGUAUUUUAAUAAAAGUGUUUUUCAAAUAAAUCAGUCAAGACAAAGUUUUU